AUGCGGUCAGAAACCAACCCAGACGUCAACCGAAUCCUCUCCUUCUGGUUCGACUCCCCGGAAGCCAGCAAGAAAUGGUUCGGGGGCGGCGAAGCUUUCGACGAGGAGAUCCGGACGCGAUUCGGCGAGCUCGUGGUCCAGGCACGUGCCGACAACUUAGACCACUGGACGAAAUCGCCGCGGGGCAGCCUCGCGCUGAUCAUUCUGCUGGACCAGUUCCCACGCAAUAUCUACCGCAGCUCGGAGCAGGCGCACGCGUCGGAUACGAAGGCAUGUCGCGUGGCGGUGUCGUCGAUUGCGCGAGAGUUCGACCGCCACGAUUCCAUCGCCAACCUGGAGGCCCUGUUCUUCUACUUGCCGCUGAUGCACGAUGAGACGGUCGUCUCGCAGAUCGCGAGCAUAGCCUUGUCCGAAGCCUUGGUUGCGCGCUGCCAGUUCAGCAAGGAUCAUUUCGCCCGUGACUACGUCGCGAGGAGCAUCUUGCAUGGAAAGGGACAUCGCGAUACGAUCAUGAAGUUUGGUCGGUUUCCUAAGAGGAACACUAUCCUCGGGAGAGAGAGUACGGAUGAGGAGAAGCGGUUCCUCGAGGAACACCCGAGUGGCUUCUACCCUGGUGGUCCUCAGGAGGACGGGAAAUGA